AUGGUGCAUCUGAUUCCAUCAUCUGGCUCCCCUCAAAAACAGGAAUCUACACUGUCAAGCUAUUACGAGAGCCUCAAGGGACCCCCAAGAGACAGCUUGAAUAGCCAUACACCAAAGGAACCUAACUGGAAGUCAGACGUGUGGAAUGUGAAAACAUCCCCCAAAACUAAUAUUUUCCUUUGGAAGGUGUUGAGAGGUGCAAUACCACUAGGAGACCAGCUGAGAACGAGGAAGAUAAAUCCUGAUGCUAAAUGCCCCUUCUGUGGAGAAGAAGAGACGGUGAUCCACUUGUUCUUCCAUUGUCGCUUCGCAGCCAAAGUAUGGUCAAUGCUUCCCGUCCAUACCCCAAUUAACCCAGAUAACAUGGACUCAAUCCAAACCCUCCUGGAAAGGGCAAAAUUCUUACUCCUCUUGCCACCAUGCGGCAAAGGAGACAUACCUGUUUUCCCGUGGCUUAUCUGGGGAAUCUGGAUUGCUCGAAAUAGACUGAUCUUCAAGGAACGCACUCUAAACCCAUCAGAUACGCUUACCCAAGCUCUUGUAGCAGGUCGUGAAUGGAACACCACCCACACUUUAAACAAAUCAACACCUGGAGCCACAGAAGUAGCAAGACAGAUUAGAUCUGAUGCCUCGGAGACUACCUGCAAUACAGAUGCUGCCUGGCGGGCAGAGUCGAGGUGUGCGGGACUAGGCUGGAUCUUCAAUAAGGACAAGCUGGAUUAUCGAAUUGAAGGCCAAGCUCAACCGCAAGAGAUCAGAUCCCCGCUCCUCGCUGAAGUUUUUGCGAUUUACCUCGCUCUGAGUAAUGCUGCUACCCGAGGGUUGUAA